AUGGAUUCUGCAGACGACGCAUCUGCCACGGCACCGCCCACGAAACGGCCACGGACGCGCAGCCGCCUGUCGCGGCGGUCAGACACACCCGGAGCCUCUUCUUCUACCGGCAGCGAGAAGCGCGCCGAUGCCAGGACCCGCCAGACCCGCGACCCGUCACGGCCACGCUACGGCGUGACGACGAGCCCCAGCGCCAACGGCUCGAAUAGAGGCUACUCACACUCGUUCCGCUCACCGAGGGGCUCGAGGUCGUCCUCCUCCAGCUCGGCAUCGAGCGCGCGCUCAGACUCGCCGCCGCAUUCUCGGACGCGACCACGUCGAGGGUCCGUGUCUCCGUCCGUGUCUCCGUCCGUGUCUCCCACCUCGUCGGAUCGCUCGCGAUCGGAAUCUUACUCUCCUCGCCGGCCCCGGGCCACCCCGACUACUCCUCCUCCUCCUGCUACUGCUUCUGCUCCUUCUCCUGCUCCUGCUCCUGCUCCCCCUCCUUCGUCGUCGCCGCCGCCGCCACCACCACCACCUUUCAAACCGAAUUACAGGCCGUGCUUGGCGCUCCAUGGGCACGCCGGCCCGGUUUCGCAGGUCCGGAUAUCCCCGAAUGGCAGGUUCAUCGCGUCGGCCUCUGCGGAUGGAACCGUCAAGCUGUGGGACGCCUCGACCGGGGCUCACAUGGACACGCUCGUUGGCCACAUGGCCGGCGUCAGCUGCUUGGCCUGGGCGCCAGAUGGCAACACGUUGGCCAGCGGCUCCGACGACAAGGCCAUCCGCCUGUGGGAUCGGGUGACGGGGCGUCCGAAGACGACGACGAGGAAGUCGAUGGCGGCGCAGGAGAUGGCGGCGCUGCGAGGCCACCACAACUACAUCCAUUGCUUGGCCUUUUCGCCAAAGGGCAACAUCCUCGCCAGCGGCUCCUACGACGAGGCGGUGUUUCUGUGGGACGUGAGAGCGGGGCGACUGAUGCGAAGUCUCCCGGCGCACAGCGAUCCCGUAGCGGGCAUAGACUUUUGCCGAGAUGGCACACUGGUAGUGAGCUGCUCUACCGACGGACUCAUUCGAGUUUGGGACACGUCAACAGGGCAGUGCCUCCGGACGCUUGUGCACGAAGACAACCCGGCCGUCACCAACGUUUGCUUCUCGCCCAACGGGCGGUUUGUGCUGGCCUUCAACCUCGACAACUGCAUCCGGCUAUGGGACUACGUAGCCGGCACGGUGAAAAAAACCUACCAGGGGCACAGAAACGAGAAAUUCGCCCUUGGCGGCUGCUUUGGCGUUUUGGACGGGGAGCCGUUCAUCGCCUCGGCCAGCGAAGACGGCGACAUUGUGUUGUGGCAUGUUCAGACGAAGGACAUUCUGCAAAGGGUGCCGCCGCGCCACAGGGGGGUCUGCUUCUGGGUCGAUGUUCAUGGCGAGACAAUGGUGAGUGCAGGGCAGGAUCACACAGUUUGCGUGUAUCGACACGCCGGGAGGUUGGACAAGGGACAGACGCAGUUUUCGAUUGAGCUGCCCAUCAGGCAGGAUGAGGUCAAGUUGGACGCGUGCUGA